UUUGAUGGGGAAGUGAAACUAUCUUCCCAAAGAGAGUAUAUUCAACGGGGAAAUGACUCUAGAUAACGAAAUAUCGAAAGAUGACAUGAGCUGUUUUCAGCCGGUUUAACCGAGUAGAGGAGCGAUGGACGGCGGAGAUGCGCUUCCGCCUAGGUGUGGUUCGGGACGACUGUCUGGACCGGUUUCUGAGAGUCGGCUCCGGUGGAUUCGGGCAGAUAUUUCGCGCCAAACACACCCUAUGGGGGACCGACGUGGCCGUGAAGCUACUACAUUAUAAAGACUGCUCUGCAUCCUCCGCUCAGAGAGAAGCGCAGCUGAUGUUUGAUGCUGGAAACUCGAAUGUGGUGCGUGUGUUGGUGUGUAUAGGCCGUUUGGGCGACCCACAGCGGCCGCUACAGUGUGGGCUGGUGCUGGAGUUCCUGGCAAGGGGUUCUCUGGAGGAUCUGCUGCAGAGAUUAGCAGCUCCCCCCGCCGCUCUCGCCCUGCGCAUGGCGCUGCAGGUCAGUCUGGGCAUGAACUUCCUCCAUCAGCUGACUCCACCCAUCCUGCACCUCGACCUGAAGCCUAGCAACGUCCUGCUGAGUGACAGCCUGGAUGCGAGGAUCACAGAUUUUGGUUUGUCUCGAGUGGCUGAAAGUGUUUGUAAGUAUACCGGAGUGAACGACGAGGAUGAAGGAGCGCUGAGCUACAUGCCGCCAGAGGCACUCCAGUCCAUCAGUUACAAACCCAGCAAAGCCUUCGACGUUUACAGUUAUGGGAUCCUGCUGUGGUCCAUCAUCACUGGGAAGGAGCCAUACAGCGGUGUUCAGUCCAGUUUGGUGCGCUUUCGGAUCCCUCUGGGAGACCGUCCUGAUCUGGCAUCAGUGGACCGCUGCGAGACCGAAGGGCUGGACGAGCUGCUCAAGCUGAUGAUGCAGUGCUGGGAUCAGGAGUCCCACAGGAGACCCUCUUUCCUAGACUGUGUUCACGCCAUCACUGCGAUCUACACGAUGCACGAGCGCAGACUGAAUGAUGCCGUUCACGAUGUUCUGGAGCAGCUGGAUGAUGAAAUCUGCUCCAGUCUGAAAUCAGUCCAGAUCAGUCGUAAACCACACAGAGAAGUGGAUCCUCAGGAUUUGUCCUGUGUCACCGGACCUGCUCCUCAACAGGAAACCGCUGCCGCUCACAUAAAGACUGCACAGAAAGAAUGCAGUCCUCGUGCAGCUCCACCUGUGGGCGCUAUCAGGAAAACACAGCGUCAGACGUCAAAUCCAGCUGUGCAGAUCAGCAUGUCUAAUGUUUUCGGAGUUCAGAUCGGCAACAAUAACAGCAUGAACGUCAAUCAGAAACCACGGCAGAGACACCGGACGGCUCCGUCUGCAGUCAACACGCACAGUUCCUACCCACAAAACCCUCCACAAAAACACCAGUGAUAACCAGACAGGGUUUUUCCUGUUUAUCGGCUGCUUUAGAGCUAAUGGGGCUGUAAAACAUACACUCACCGGCCACUUUAUUAGGUACACCUGUCCAACUGCUCGUUAAUGCAAAUUUCUAAUCAGCCAAUCACAUGGCAGCAGUUCAAUGCAUUUAGGCAUGUAGACAUGGUCAAGACGAUCUGCUGGGUCCAACCCGGUACUAGUAAGGUGUACCUAAUAAAGUGUAUAGUCAGUGAGUGUAUAGUCAGGGAAAUAAGUGUCCCUAAGGUGCUGUUGACUUGAAUUUUUCACUGGAUGUCGGUAACAAAUCUAUAUAUGCAAUGAAAAUGAUUAUUUCUUCCAGAGCCUCCUCAGCAGAUGUGCAUCUAGAGUCUGGUAUUGGGUUUGUUGCAAACAUGACUAAACUACAAAUGCAACGGCAGACUUCAGACGGACAUCCUGAGAAAUGUUUGAUGAGACUCUGGAUUAAAGCUACCAUGGACCAUGGAUUCAGAGCAAAAACAUGGGAGAUUUGUGAAGAUUAGAUGCCGUAUGAGUUUUAUCAGCUAUGUUAAACAUUAAUCAACUUUAACAAAAUAGGAAACUACUUGCUUGCUUUAUUUAGGUGUUAUCUUUAUGAAAUAAAUGCAUAAAGGCAGUAUAUAUGCAGAAA